AGGUGGUGCGCUCCGGGCGGGGCAGCGCAGUCAGGUUGCGACCCGGGUAGACUGUCCUGAGAACAGCGACACCGUGAGCCGGAGAUGCUGCCGCCCGUGCUUCGGCGCGCCCUGCUGGCCCGCCCCUGGAGUGGGGCCAGGCUUCGGUGGAAACACGCCUCCUCCCUGAAGGUGGCCAACGAGCCCAUCUUGGCGUUCACCAAGGGCAGCCCCGAGCGAGAGGCACUGCAGAAGGCCUUGAAGGACCUGAAGGGCCAGACGGAAGCCAUCCCGUGCGUGGUGGGGGACGAGGAGGUGUGGACCUCGGACGUGCAAUACCAGGUGUCGCCCUUCAACCAUGGACACAAGGUGGCCAAGUUUUGCUAUGCAGACAAGGCCCUGCUCAACAAGGCCAUCGAGGCCGCCCUGGCCGCCAGGAAGGAGUGGGACCUGAAGCCUGUCGCAGACCGGGCCCAGAUCUUCCUGAAGGCGGCAGACAUGCUGAGCGGGCCGCGCAGGGCAGAGGUCCUUGCCAAGACCAUGGUGGGACAGGGUAAGACAGUGAUCCAAGCGGAGAUCGACGCAGCGGCCGAGCUGAUCGACUUCUUCCGAUUCAACGCCAAGUUCGCCGUGGAGCUGGAGGGGGAGCAGCCCAUCAGCGUGCCGCCCAGCACCAACAGCGUGGUGUACCGGGGGCUGGAGGGCUUCGUGGCGGCCAUCUCCCCUUUCAACUUCACUGCGAUCGGCGGCAACCUGGCGGGGGCGCCGGCCUUGAUGGGCAACGUGGUCCUUUGGAAGCCCAGCGACACGGCCAUGCUGGCCAGCUAUGCCGUCUACCGCAUCCUCCGGGAGGCCGGCCUGCCCCCCAACGUCAUCCAAUUUGUGCCGGCUGACGGGCCCACCUUUGGGGACACUAUUACUAGCUCCGAGCACCUGUGCGGCAUCAACUUCACAGGCAGCGUGCCCACCUUUAAAAACCUGUGGAAGCAGGUAGCCCAGAACCUGGACCGCUAUCGCACCUUCCCACGCCUGGCCGGCGAGUGCGGAGGGAAGAACUUCCACUUCGUGCACCGCUCGGCGGACGUGGACAGCGUGGUGAGCGGGACCCUGCGCUCGGCCUUCGAGUACAGCGGCCAGAAGUGCUCGGCCUGCUCCCGCCUCUACGUGCCGCACUCGCUGUGGCCUCAGAUCAAAAAGCGGCUGCUGGAGGAGCACAGCAGGAUCAAAGUGGGCGACCCUGCAGAAGAUUUCGGGACCUUCUUCUCCGCAGUGAUCGAUGCCAAGUCCUUUGGUCGCAUCAAGAAGUGGCUGGAGCACGCCCGCUCCUCGCCCAGCCUCACCGUCCUGGCGGGCGGCAAGUGUGACGACUCUGUGGGCUACUUCGUGGAGCCCUGCAUUGUGGAGAGCAAGGACCCUCAGGAGGCCAUCAUGAAGGAGGAGAUCUUCGGGCCCGUGCUGACCGUGUAUGUCUACCCAGAUGACAAGUACAGGGAGACACUGCAGCUGGUGGACAGCACUACCAGCUAUGGCCUCACAGGGGCAGUGUUUGCCCAGGAUAAGAACAUUGUCCGGGAGGCCACUGAGAUGCUGAGGAACGCUGCCGGCAACUUCUACAUCAACGACAAGUCCACUGGCUCGGUGGUGGGCCAGCAGCCCUUUGGGGGAGCCAGAGCCUCCGGAACCAAUGACAAGCCCGGGGGCCCCCACUAUAUCCUGCGGUGGACGUCGCCCCAGGUCAUCAAGGAGACCCACAAGCCUCUGGGGGACUGGCGCUACUCGUACAUGCAGUGAGCCCGCUCGGCGCCUCUGCCGUCGGCCUGUCUGUCCGUCCGGGCAACUGACCUCGGUGCGCUGGCCCACCCAGCCCCCCACUGGCCCGUUUCCUGGCCUGUCCCACAUCUCGGGGUCAGGCGCCCAGCCCUGGUUUGAUCCUGCUGGGAAGGGACAGGAGAAUUGCUGCUUAUCCCAUCGGCCCUCCUAGGAAGGACCUCUCAGAGGCUGACCUUGGUGCCGGCUGGCUCGCCAUCUUUUCUCUUUCUUCUGCUCUGUGGCCCAGUGGUUUAGCUGGGCUGGGGAACGUCUGGCCUGAGGGCCACAUAAGGCCCACAAAAUCAUUUGGUCUGGCCCUGCCAAGGCAUUAGAAGGGAGUUAAUUAAAUAUUUGACCAGUGAUAGCAGGCUAGUUAUUAAGUUGAUAAUUUUGUGUGGCCCACGAAUGAUGUUAUAAAUAUCCACAUGGCCCUGGGCAGAGAAAAGGUUCCCCACCCCCGGUUUAGGGACUUGGGGAAUGACAGCGGGGCAGCUCCCGACCCCUUGUGGGAAAGGAGGCGGCUCUGGGCCUUUUGGCAACCUCAUUACCCCCAGGGGCUCCUGGCCUUGGCCCUGGCCUCUCCAGGGCUGCAGGAGUGGGUGUACCAGGGUGGUCUGCAGGGUGCCAGGGCACUAGCUGACCUUGCCCUCUCAGUCUGGGUCAUCCUCCUUUCACACUAGCUCUUUGCCCAGCCACACGAGCCAGUGGGUGCCUGUGCCUGACCUUAAGCCUUAGCUGCCCGUGUGCCUUUCUCCAGGGCUCCUGCACGCCCAUGUGACUCCUGCUGUCUCCAUGUGGUGAGGCUGGGGGCCGCGGGAGGCCGCCUGCCAAGAUGUGGGGCAGGCUGGGCCUUCCUGUUGGGGCUGGGAUUCGGAAACUGGAUGGGCCCCGCCUCCAGGACGGCCGCCCUCAGCUGCAUGGGGCUGGUUUCCCUGCAGGAGCUUGUUCCCACAGGCUGUGGACGCACAGGCCCAGGUAGCUGUUGCUCCCACUAUCCCAUCCCCCCUGCCCUGGGUCCCCGCCCUGCCAGGACCUGGAAUUGCCCAUAGAAUCUUCUUUGCAUGCGAGUGGCUUGGCGUAGACCGGCCCUCGGGGGGCCUGUUCUUUGUGUGCUGCAGCCCAUUGUGGACUCAGCCAGGUUGGGUUCUGAGCGGCCAGGGAUGUGUAAGGGGUGACUUGGGAGAGCAGUUUUAAUGGAGCCGAAAAGUGCUGGGCCCUCCUCAGGACAGCUGUCAGGGCUCCCCACAGGGCAGGGCGCCCAUUGCCCAAGAGCCAUGACCUCACCCAGGGCGAGCGGUCCGGGGCGAGUGCUGAUGCCGCCUGCCAGGGUGUGGGUUCUACACUGUUUCCCACAAGGCACCAGGUCAGGAGGCUGGUGGGUGGGGUGGAAAUGUUCCUGGUUUUGCUGACUCUACACUGUGAGGGGCCAUGGGACUUGACCUGACAUCACCCAAUAAAACACCUGUUACUUCAUCAAAUCAGUCUUUCCGGUGGGGGUGGGGGUGGGGGUGGGGGUGGGGGUGGAGGGACAGCUUCUAAGUCUGAUGGCAUUGCCAGUGUGUCAUUAGGUGUCAGGAGCGCAGUUCCCUCUGUGGUGGAAGGAAGGGCAGGCACUGAUGUAUGGGAAAACCUGCUGCGGUGGUGGAAGCUCUGGAGCCAGAUGGGCUGGGUUCAAAUCCCAGCUCCAAAAAGCUGUGCCACCUCUCUGACCUUCUGUCUCUUCAUCUGUAAAACGGGAAAAAUAAUAAAUGUAUACCCACACAGAGGUGGUCAUGAGAAUUAAAUGAGUUACCAAUGUAAGUGUUUAGAACAAUGCCGGACACAGAAUUCAUGAUUCGCCAAUGUUACCCAUUUACCCAUUGUUGUAACAACCACUGUUAUGUGCUGUGAUGCGUUUACAUGCCUGGAUAUUUUAGUUAAAUGUCAUUCUAGAUGUUUCUGUGAAGGUGUUCAGUGGACUGAGUAAAGCAGAUUACCCUUCAUCAUGGGGGUGGGCCUCAUCCAAUCAGUUGAAGGCCUUAACAGAAAAAAGACCGAGCUGCCUUGAACAAGAAGGAAUUCUGCCAGGAGACUGCCUGUGGACUCAAUCACAACUCCUGGUCUCCGGGCUGCCAGCCUGCUGGCAGGAUUUGGAUUUCCUGACCCCACAAUCUGUGAGCCAGUUCCUUACAAUAAACCGGUGCCUCUCUGUG